AUGGCGGCCAUGAUAGACUAUGGGGAGUAUGUUGUCAUGACUAUAUACUUUGAAUUGAGUAGAAGAAUGGGAUACUUCACUAUUCAAACAUACAUUCCCUGCAUACUGACUGUGGUUUUAUCCUGGGUCUCCUUUUGGAUCAAAAAAGAUGCUACACCAGCAAGAACAGCAUUAGGCAUCACCACAGUGCUGACCAUGACCACACUCAGCACCAUAGCCAGGAAGUCCCUGCCCCGUGUGUCCUAUGUGACUGCCAUGGACCUCUUCGUGACUGUGUGCUUCUUGUUUGUCUUUGCUGCUCUGAUGGAGUAUGCUACCCUCAACUAUUAUUCAAGUUGUAGAAAACCAACAACCACCAAGAAGAAAACAUCGUUAUUACAUCCAGAUUCCUCAAGAUGGAUUCAUGAGCGAAUAAGCCUACAAGCUCCCUCCAACUAUUCUCUCCUCGACAUGAGGCCACCACCACCUGCGAUGAUCACUUUAAACAAUUCCGUGUACUGGCAGGAAUUUGAGGAUACCUGUGCCUAUGAGUGUCUGGACGGCAAAGACUGUCAAAGCUUCUUCUGCUGCUAUGAAGAAUGCAAAUCAGGAUCAUGGAGAAAAGGGCGUAUUCACAUAGACAUCUUGGAGCUGGACUCGUAUUCCCGGGUCUUUUUCCCUACAUCAUUCCUGCUCUUCAACUUGGUCUAUUGGGUCGGAUAUCUGUAUCUCUAAAUGUUGUUCCUGAUGAGUGAAAAGCUAAGGGUUCCCCUCUUUACCUUCUGCCCUCCCAAGACCAGUAGUGACCAA